UAACAUUGAACAACAACAACAGUUAAUUUCUCUGUGGUGUUUGGAAAAGAUUUGUUACCAUUGAUUGUUUUUCUCACCUUUAAAUUUACUUUUAAUUGUUAAUUUGAUUGUUCUAAUUAUUUAAAUUCAAUAAUUAAUUCUUUUGGUUUAACUUGGUAGUGAUUGGAAUCCAAAAUGGAUGUUCAAUCUUUCUCAUUUAAACAAACUCGAUCAUUUGCUGAACGAAAAAAACAAUCAGAGACUUUAAGACGAACCUAUGCUAACAAGGUUCCAGUUCUCAUUGAAAGAUUUCGUAAUGAAAAGCAACUACCCAUGAUUGAUAAAACUCGUUUCCUUGUACCUGAUCACCUUCCUGUUUCUGAAUUGGUGAAAAUAAUCCGACGUAGAUUGGCUUUACAUCCAAACCAGGCUUUCUUUUUACUCGUUAAUGGCCGAUCCAUGGUCGCCAAUUCAACACCAAUUGGUUUUCUCUAUGAACGAGAAAGAGACGAAGAUGGCUUCCUUUAUGUUGUUUAUGCUUCUCAAGAAACCUUUGGUUAAAAAAAAAAGAAAUCCCUUGACAACAAUUAACCAAAAAGCACAUAAAUACACAGAAAAACAAAUCAGUUAUAUUUUUUACUGAUACAAAUAUCUAACCCGUUGAACAUGAAGAAAAACAAAGGAAAAAUAAUUCUCUCUGUCUAAAUGUAAAUACACAUAUGCAUACACUGAUUUGAAGAUGUGACCACAAGUUAAUUCAUCAAUCCAAAACAAUACCUUUCGAUUUAAACAAAUGACGGAGGAGAAAAAGAAACAAAAAAAAAUGGCCGAAUGACCAAUUAAAGAUGGAGGAACAAUGUCCAGUCAUUGAAGGUCCAAAACCCACUCAUCCACUAAUCAAACGCAUCAAUUAGAUGCACCAAAAAAAGAUUCAAACAAUUAUAUAUAAAUAUUAUAUACUAUUCUUAAUUGUUAUAUUAGACAAAGAGUUCACCAUGAAGCAGAAACAUUAUCGUAAUGACUGUAGCAACAAUUAGCUGAAAACAAUUGAGUUAUAUCAAAAAACAACAAUAAUCAACAAUUUAUCUUGAUUACUUGUUGAUGUCACCAAAAACAACAACAAUAAUAAUAAUAAUAUUAACCAUGCAAUUGAUAAAACAUGAAAAAAAAAUUCAAAAUGUAAAUAUUUAUAUUAUAAAUAUUAUCAAAUCAAUGAAUCAUAAUUUUAAUUGCUGUGUAACAACAAUAAUCUGUAUAAAUAACAAAAUUAAAACUGAUUAACGGAAAAAUCUUAACAACAA